AUGCGAAAACAGUCGGAGGACGCCGCGGAGACGUCGAGGCUCUCGGACGCGUACGCGUCGGAUAACCAGGAAAUCUUAGAAGAAGCCGGAUCGGACUACGAGCCCGCGGAAGAGGAGGUCAUCGAGUACGCGCGAUGGCUCGGCAUCGCCGCGAAGGAGGACGCGACGAUGCUCUGGAUCGCGCGCGAAGGCCUCGCGGCGCCGCUGCCGGAGGGCUGGAAGCCGUGCCGCACGGGGGACGGGCAGGUGUAUUACUUCAACUUCGACACCGGCGCGAGCUCGUGGGACCACCCGAUGGACGAGGCGUUCAGAGCCAAGGUGGAGGAGGCGCGCGCGAGCGCGACGACGGCG